AUGUCCCUAUUCGGAUCCCUCCUCAAGCCACAAUGUCUCCCAGCGGCCUCGAUAGCAGCCCGGUCCACCUCCGUAUGCACAACCUCGCACAGACGACCACAUCACGAAGAACGCACACACAGACGAUCAUGUCGCGGUGACAUUGGCGCUGGAGCUGCGGUUGCUGGGAAGACAACAGCAUCCAGCAUAGAGGACAUUUUCAUCAGCUCCCUGCUGGCUGCUGGCACAUGUCGAGAGCAUAGGAGCACUGUCAGAGGGAGCAUCACUGGCAGGCAGAGGUUAAGGCUACAACGCCACGUCCAGGUUCUGGAAGGGACGAAACAGCAGAUUCGACAUCUCUCCUCCAGACGAGCGAGCUGCCAAAAUACUGUUGCCAUGGCAGAGCCUUCCACUACGCCAGACAUAUCACAAGAAGAGUAUAAAGAGCUCGUGAACACAUAUCCGUCGUUCCCCAACCACACUUUACCGCCGCUGGACCUGGCUCGAAAGGCAGCGGAGGAAGCGGAAGCGGAGAGGCACUUUCCUUUGGCGUCUCGUCUUGUCCUUACACCCGAGCAGGAAGUCAACAAAGGCAGUGAGGGUCGCAAACCUCUACCACCAGAAGAUGCAGAUCACGCUCGCCAGCUGGACGAAUUUACGAAUCUGCUGGCAACGCAAGAUCGGGGUACUAUUUCCCACGACAAGCUAUGGGAGCUCUUUGACGGCCUCCGGCCGCCACCCCUACGCUACCUCAGCAAUCGCACUGUAUAUCAUAUGUUCCGACAUUUGUCUAUGGUGGAAUAUAGGACUUCCAAGGCUUCCAUGCAAAGACACCUCGAUCUGCUCAGCGAAGCGAUUGCAGAACGGAUACCUCUUGAGAAAGGCGUCUGGAACACAGCCAUACACAACGCAGGCUCGUGGGUAAGAGACACCACGAGCUCACAGGUCAAGGCUGCCAUCGAGGUGUGGAUGCGCAUGGAAGAGUCAGGGAUGCGAGCCAACCACGUCACGCUCAACAUUCUGUUCCUGGUGGCAGUCAAGGCGAGCCGAUUUGCGCUGGCGGACACAAUCUACAAAGAGUUGCUCGCUCGGAAUCUGCCGCUGAACAGGUACUUCAGGACAAGUGUCAUCCAUUACGCUGGCAUGCGACAAGAUGGCGAUGGGGUGAGACGCGCGUUCCGAGAGCUGGUCAAUGCUGGUGAGCUCGUGGACACAGUAACCAUGAACUCCGUCAUCCUCGGCCUCGUGCGCGCAGGCGAGGCUCCGGCUGCUGAGAAUGUCUUCCUACGCAUGAAGAAGUUACACGAGGACAAAUUCGGGAUGAUUCUGCCUGAAGACUGGCGCGCUCGCAAGGAGCUCGGUCGGGUGCUUGACAAGACUGGCGCGCGACUUCGGCAAGACCAGAAACAGCACGAGUCAUCAUUCUUCGGCGCCGCAUUCUCCAGCGAUGACAAGCGGGAGCAGAUUCAGCAAGCGACUCCAAUCGCACCUGAUUCGACGACCUACAGGAUUUUGAUCAAGCAUCACGCGUACACUUCAGGCAAUAUUAACAAGACACGAGAGCUUCUAGCGGAGAUGCAGGGCAGAAAGCUGCCUGUCCAUGGCAGUGUAUAUGUUCACCUUCUGAGAGGCUUUCAUAUGCACGGUGGAUGGGCCAACUCGGAGUGGAGUCCAGCAAGUCUUGAAGCGCUGUGGAAGGAGGUCCUGGCAGCAUCGCCACCGCCACCAUCUGCCGUUCACCUUGCGCAACAACCACCGGCUGUGAGCGCUGAGGAGGAUGCAACUGAUAUGCUUGGCGCUAUGCUCGCCGAACAAUCCUCUUCUCGUGCGAAGGGAAUUCCGCCUAGCAGCAAAUCGCCAGCUGUCGAACCACCCCAGUCUGAGGUCGAGCGACCACCAUAUUUCACCAAGGCUAUGGCCAUGGCUGCGAUACAAGCCUUCUACAAGUGCACCGAUUCGAGGCGAAUGCUCGAGGUGUGGGAAGUCAUCAUGGAGAGAUGGCACGAUGCCAGCGACCAGGACCAUGCUUUAGUACAAGAACGUGUAGAUAGGCUGGCGGCGUAUAGUCGCCGCCGCCGUUGA